GCCCGCCAUGAGCCAGCCGGUGGGAAAGGGCAGCAGCGCCCUGGAGGUGAAGUUCGUGCCCGACGAGGAUGUCCUGAAGCACAUUGCUGACAGCGCAGGUAAUAAAGUACGGGAGGACAAGGCUCUGCUGACAGUUAAUAUGAAGAGAUUUGUGAAGAAGCUUGAGAAUAUUUCAGACAAUGAAGCUCAAGACAUCCUAGAAGAGAAGAACUAUGUUUCUGUUCUUGGAAUAUGUGCCCAAGAGUCAAUGGAAAAUGGCUCAAGUGUAACUGGUGGUGAAGUUUACUCAUUCCAGACUCCCAAACGCUCCAGCAAAAUGGCAGAGCUGGCCUCUGAAUUAGCCCAGACACCAGGACAGAGUGUUGCACCUGAUUACUCCAAGUGCCCUGAGAAGACAGCCAAAACCCCUCAAAGCAGCAAACGUUCAAGUUCAAAAAAAGCACAGCAGAGGAGUGAAAAGAAGGAAUUUGUGUCUACCACACCUUACAGACUCAGAAAGAGGCUAGCAGCUCCAGAUCCUGAUUUAGAAAGUGAGAGUGAAUAUUCUGCUUCCUGCUCAGAGGAUGAGCGUGAGGAAGACCAGAAAGAAGUCAGCACUGUUUUAUCAGGUCAAAAGACCCCAGCAAAAACUAAGGCUGCAUCUAUUCUGCCUCCUCCCAGAAACACCUUAGCAAAAAAAAAUAAGGACGACAAGAUGAGCAACCUGGUGGAGGAAUACUUUGAAGCUCACAGUAGUUCCAAAGUGCUCACUUCAGACCGAACACUGCAGAAGUUGCGGAAAAGAAGAUUGAACCAGCAAACACUUCAUGACCUUUUGAAAAAAGCUCCCCUUGCCUACGCUGCUGAAAUUAAAGAGCUAAACCAGCAACACGAAUCACUGUUUUCCAAAUGGAUGCUGCAAUUACACUUAAGUUUCAAUAUUGUGCUUUAUGGACUGGGCUCGAAGCGUGAUUUGUUAGAGAAGUUUCGUACCUCUAUGCUCCAGGAUUCUGUUCACCUUGUGGUUAAUGGAUACUUCCCCAGCAUCACUGUGAAAUCUAUUCUCAACUCCAUCACAGAGGAGGUACUAGACCAUAUAGGGACCUUCCGCAGCCCCCUUGACCAGCUUGAAUUAAUCAUUAAAAGGUUUAAAGAAG